AUGUUAUCUCGUUCCACCACUAGACUCUUUAAAGCUCCUCAAUUGGCAGCCUCCACUAGAACUUUUUUCCAAAACUCUCUGCUUGAUAAGUCAGUUUCAAGAUCAGAGUUAAGAUCUCAAUUGAAAAAGGAAAAUGGCGUCAAGAGACCUAUGUCUGCCUAUUUAUUCUAUUACCAGGCAAAUAGAGAAAAAUUAGCAGAGGCUAAUCCAAAUAUCCAUAUGAAGGAUAUCGCAAAAUUGGCAUCUGAAAAAUGGAACACUUUAUCCAAUCAAGAAAAAUUACCCUUUGAAAGGAAAUCAUCAGAGCAAAUGGAACAAUACCAUAAACAAAUGAACGCAAUUGAAGCAAAAUUGCCUCCUAAGAAACCCUUACCUGCCUUCUUGGCAUUUUCAAAGGAAGUCCGUCCAACUAUUGUAGAACAAGAUCCAUCUUUAACUUUUGCUGAAAUUAGCUCAAUCAUUGGUGAAAAAUGGAGAGAUUUAGAUCCAGCUGUCAAAGACGAAUAUAUCGAAGAUUAUAAAUUGAGAUUGCAAGACUGGCAAAAGCAAACUUCUCAUUAG